CACACUGACUCUCCGUGACUCGACCGCACACGGGACAACGAAACCUCGAUCCAACAGUUGAUCUGCGCAGGAAAAAGCUCUCGUCGACAAUCAUGGCGAAGCCGCCCGUCCCGAUGAUCAUCUCCACCGUGACCUACUGCUGCGGCGCCUGCGGGUACGACCUGAAGCUGAGCUCGCUGGCGCGGGACACGGCGUCGUCCGGCGGCGCGCGCCGGCGGCGGAGCGUGGUGGUGUUCGAGGCCAUCGACGACACGCGGUUCGGCCACCUGGACGAGUUCCGCUGCCUCGACGUGCGCUCCCUCCGCCUCUUCGCGCGCCGCACGCGCCUGCUCUGCCGCAAGUGCGGCGCCCACCUCGGCUACGGCUACCACGAGCACGACACCGCCGCCGACAGCAAGCCGCCGCGGUACCACAUCAAGAUCCGGGCGCUACACCCCGCCUCCCCGGCCGCAAGACAAUCGGAUCCCGUGAUCCCGUGAUCUGAUCUGACGGCCCUGCCCGUAUUCUCUCGAUUUCUCUCCUCUUGCCGCGUUCGCGAAUCGCGGCGAGUCGCUGUCGCCCGCCGCUGUUACUUUCGCUCCUCCUCCAAGUGGCUCCCUCGCUCCGCUUGCAUCUCAAGGAUUGCGCAGACUGAUUGAUUGAUGGAUUGGGAUUGUUUUUCUUUCUCAUUUUUCACUCCGUAUAUAAAUAUACAUGGCGAAAUUAUUGGUGUACAAAAUUCUACAUUAUUCGUCUUGACUUGCUGUAUUAUACAUGGAGCUAAAAGUCAAAAGUCUUGUUCUGCCAGCUCCGUCCGGCUGUGCUGCUGCA